GUUGCAAAAUCUUAAAAUUGGUUUCAGAAAGCUCCUAAUUAAAACAACCUUGAAAAGUUAAAGAAAACUGAAACAAAAACAAAAAGAGCAACAACGAUAAGCAUACAAGUUAUUGCUUAAUAUGAAAAUAAUUCCACCACAAUUCACUUUGUUUUGAUUGUUUGGACGGAAUAGUCGAUUCGUUAAUUUAAAAAAGCUUAAAAUAAGUUCUUUAAUAAGUGUUUUUGUUUGUAUAAAAAGAACAUUUACGACUUACGUAUUCUGUUCUUUUAACGCAAAAGUUCAAGCCUAUUCAAAAUGGUUUCCUAUUUUGUGCCGCGUGGAAGGUUUUUUCUGAAAUCUGGUAAUUUUCGACAAUCGUAUCAGAAACAUCAACAACCACAUCAACAGGCCCAAGAAAAAUGGCCUAUGCUGCGCCAAUUUCGUCAAAGCUUCUCUACAAAAUCUCUAAAAAAUUCAAAACAAAAAUCAGUAGCCAAAUCUGAAAUUCCGAUGAGAAAUACAUCAAAUAAACCAUCAGUUUAUAACGGAGGCAGCCAAUUAGAGCUCGAACAAAGUCGACGUAAUAUUUUGCGUAAAUGGACGGGGUUUCUAUUUCGUUGGGCUCCUGUGGGUUUAUGCGUUUUUGGUGCAGUUGAAUGGCAAUUACAUAAGCAAAAAUGUAAAAAUCAGGAAAUUCCUCGCACUGCUUCAAAUUUUCAAUCGAAAGUGUAUUGCUCACUGCCACUGAGAAUCUUAAGUCGCUGUUGGGGUUGGCUAGCAGCUUGUUAUUUACCGGAAUCACUACGUCCAUAUGUGUACGGUUGGUAUACGAAUACUUUUAAUGUCAAUUUGGAAGAGGCGCUAUAUACCGACUACAAACAUUACAAUAAUCUUUCGGAAUUUUUUACGCGCCCUCUGCGAGACGGAGUGCGUGUAAUAGAUAAGACAGCGCCACUUAUAUCACCAGCAGAUGGCAAAAUAUUGCACUUUGGUGAAGCAACAAAUUCAGUUAUUGAGCAAGUGAAGGGAGUAAAUUAUAGAAUAGAAUCCUUUUUAGGCCCAGCUUCAUGGAAAACGGAAACGUCCAGUGAUGAUUAUGCAAAAUAUAUUAAAAAUAAAAAUGAUGGCUCCACUGCACUAUAUCAAUGUGUUAUCUAUUUAGCACCUGGUGACUAUCAUCGUUUUCAUUCGCCCACUGAUUGGAAACCAACUCUACGUAGACAUUUUAGUGGUGAACUGCUAUCAGUUAGUCCAAAAGUAGCUACUUGGCUGCCUGGUUUGUUUUGCUUAAAUGAACGAGCUUUAUAUUUGGGUGAAUGGAAACAUGGAUUCUUUAGUUACACAGCCGUUGGUGCAACUAAUGUAGGAUCUGUGCAAAUUUAUAUGGAUGAGAAACUGAAAACUAAUCGUUGGGUUGGUUUAAACGUUGGUGCUCAUAAAAAAUUUAAUGAAUUCGAUGAAAUACCGUUGCCAACUAAUUCUAAAUUAGAUAAAGGAGAUUUGGUUGGUCAAUUCAAUAUGGGCAGCACCAUCGUUUUAAUAUUUGAAGCACCAAAAAAUUUUAAAUUUGAUAUUAAAGCUGGACAGAAAAUACGUAUGGGUGAACCUUUGGGAAAUUUCAUAAAAAAAUGAAAAUGAAAUUUUAAAUUUACAAAACUUCGGUUUGUUUAAACUAAAUUUUUGUAAAGAAAUAAUAAUCUGGAGUGUGAGGAGAGUGAAGAAAUGAAAUGUGAUUUGACUUCGUCUUUGUCUGCCCAAUCUUAAGGAAUAAAUGCACACUACAAUUUAUAAAAUCGAAAGUAAAAAAAUUUGUGUCUUACAAAAACUCUGUGCCAUUUGAAGAAAAAUAAUUAC